AUGCCUCUUGAAAAAGCCAAAUACACCUUGGAUAUACUAAAUAUCAGUUGGAACAAGGAUCUUGGCACUGCAGGCGUAAGUGAAGUUGGAUUAGUUGUCUCAAAAUGUCAGGUAAGAGAAUUGUCGGCUUGGGAUUGCAAUCUGACAGCAGAAGGAAUGAAAGCAUUCAAGGAAAACACUGGUAAUGCAAAGAUCAAGAGCUUGGAUCUGAGUUGGAACAAAGUCAGCAAACUCGGAGAUGAAGGAUUAUCUACAAUCAGUGAAAUUGUUCGUCAAUGUCAGGUUGAAAAAUUGCUGAUGUGGGUAUGUGGCUUCAACAAUGAUCAGUUGAAAAGAUUCGAAGCACUGAUUGCUGAUACUGGGGUUGAGUUCGAUGGCUUCUAGUGAGUCACAGACGCCGUAUCCGAGGAUGAUUUUAUUGGAAUAUUUGAUUUAAAAUUAUAUUUGUUCCACAUUUCUUCAGUAUGUCUGUCUGAGAUAAUCACUUUUCGUUUUGUUUCAAAAUUUUCGAGCAAUUUGUUUUUAAUUAUUUUUUUCAAUUCUGUCUAUAAUAUUUAGCAAGUAUGGUCCGUUUAUCGCAUUAUGUCUUAUGGAAAUUUCUUUUGAUUUUCAUUUAUUUCAUCAAAUAUUUCAGUCAGGGAUUCCGAAUAAUUAACUAGUUGCAAACAAUGAACAAUGAUAUAACUGUUAUCUACAACCUGGCUAUUUUACCAAACAUUUUAUGCCCACGGAUUGCCGUGUUAGACUAUUAUUGCUUUUAUAUUUUCGUAAGUAUGAAAAUACGAAUCAAAAAUUAAUUAUCGGACAUUUUACGACACUUUUUAUGUCAAUAGAUGGCCGUGAAAUUAGGCUGGCUAAUGCAUUUAUUUUUAACCAUGAGUUAUGUUGAAAGAAGCUAAAUUAAUACGGCAAGGCAUUUUAAAUGCUGGUAUCGGUCAUUGAUUUGAAUAUUUUGCUCAACAGAAAAUCAUCCUAAUAAAAAGUCGAUACUUUCAAAUAUUUGCCAAAAAUCGAAAAAAGUAUAAAUUAUAUUUUUCAAAAAAUCAACUUGUUUUUACCGACUUGGGACAAUUUAUUUGAUAUCGUAACAUUUGCAGCUUUAUAUAAUUUUCAAAUUUUUGACGUAAUGCAAAUGAAUGCGUAACUAAAAACACUAUGUCGCUGGAGAGGCAACUAGCAAAAAUUAUGAAAUACCAUUGAGCGCAAAACAUGGAGUAGCAACCGAAUGCUGGCUGUACGCUUGACAUAAAUGAUAUUCCCCAAUAAAUUUUCCAAUGCCAAUAAAAAUACUUUAAUAGAUGGAACCAUUUUUGAACAAAGAUGUAACAUCUCUUCCUCAAGGCUGGUUUCAAGCCGAUUUGGCCGCUUUUAUCAAAUUGGGCCCCGCACCCUGCGCUAGUCUUUUUCUGUAUUAUUUAUCUGCAUUAUGAGAUACAAAAUACUGCUGAAAACGUAAAAUAUAAAGUGAAAUAAUCUUUCUCAUAAUAUUGAUUUGUUAUGCAUGGUAAAUUUAGUAAAUUAUCGUUAUGUCGCCAUAAGCAAUUGAAAGACUCAACAGUUUGUCAAUGCUUCUUAUAGAAAGCAAAAUUGCUGAAGCUGUUGAUUUUAAAUGAAUUUGCUGAUAAAAUGGCUAGAAAAGUAUUUUUCUGAAAGAGUAUAAUGAAAUUGCCUAUUUUGCAUUUCUUGAUGUUAAAAGUAAAACAAUAAAAACAUCCUAUUACCUUAAAUUUGUUUUAUAGCAAGUAUUAAAUGUUUAUUUAUUUUUUUAUAUAAAGACCC